AUGCCUCACAAUAUUAUGCGAGAUCCAUGUCGAAUUGAUUCAGACAGUGAAGAUGAACCAGAUAAACGAUUACGUACACAAAUACAAGUGACAACAAGACCAUCAACACCUAAAGUUGUACCAAAACGAUCUCCACCAAGAAUCGUCGAUUGGAAUGCACCAUCAAACGAAUCACUCCCUGAUAAAAAAAAACAUUCUGAUAAAACACUGAAUCCAUCGAAUGACAAUAUGGCUUUAUCAUCAACAGAUCGAAUAUCAUCAUCAUCAUCAUCAGGUUCGUUGUUAGAGCCCAAUCAACAACUCAAUCGAUCGGAAUCUUCUAAUACUACUACUACUACUACUACUACUCCUACUCCUAAAUCUCCUUCUGUAUCUUCGACUGACUUUGAUCCGAUUGCAUUAAUUCAAGAAGAUCUAACUAAAUUUAUCUAUAUGCAUGUUCCAAAAGAAUAUUCAUCAUUUGUACAAUGUCGUCUUCGACGUGAUACAGAUGGUGUACAAAAAGGAUUUUUUCCAACGUUUUAUUUGCAAGCUGAACGUCCAGGGGAUAAAAAAAAGGUUUUUUUAUUAGCUGCACGUAAAAUAGCGAAAGUAAAUCGUCAAACAGAAUACAUAAUUACAACUAAUGUUGAAACUUUAUCGAGAAAUUCAGGUGGUGAUGGUUGUGUUGGUAAAUUACGAGGAAAUAAUUUAAGUGGAACUGAAUAUACACUUUAUGAUGAUGGUUUAAGUCCAAAUAAAUCUUCUAGUAAACAUUUAACUAAUAAAGAAAGUUUACGACGUGAAUUGGCAGCUAUUGUUUAUAAUGUGAAUAUUUUUGGUAUUAAAGGACCAAGACAGGUGAGUGCUAUGUUACCUGAACUUGGACAUGAUAUUCGACCAACAAAAGAUGAAGAUGGCAUUCUUGAUCAAUGGCGUGAUAGACGUUUAAAUUAUUUAAUUCAAUUACGAAAUAGAUCACCAAAAUAUAAUGAAGAUACAAAAACUUAUGUUCUUCAAUUUAUGGGUAAUCGUGUAGCACAAGCAUCGGUGAAAAAUUUUCAAAUGAUUAUCGAAAAUGAAAAUCAUGAGGAAGAAGUUGUUAUGCAAUUUGGUCGUGUUGAUAAAGAAAUAUUUACAUGCGAUUUUCGUUAUCCACUUUCAGCUAUUCAAGCAUUUGCCAUUGCUCUUAGUUCGUUUGAUAGUCAUAUUGUACGAGAAUAA